GCGGGGCCUGGUGCUUAGUGAACGGCGAGGGCGUGGGGGAUGGUGUCGGGGUUUGCGGUUGUUCUUUCAUCGCGAGUACCAUCCCGCACGUUUCGCUUGGGUGGGUGUAACCGCUGUCGCAGUGCAGAACGCUGUGCCUGGCCUCAGGCUUUUGGGCCUUCUUCCCUCAGCACCCAUUCGAUGCCCGGCUUGAAGGAGUAGGUUGCGGACCUCUUAAAGGAGGUGGGUCGUUGGGAUGAUUUUUAUCGGCCGACUUUUAACGUUUGAGCCGACAGUAGUUUAGUGGCACGUUGGCUAGCGCCGCCGGUGAGAAUCAUCGAUUUCAGCAGCACUGGGACCCAUUGGGUUUCUGUGAUUCCAGAAUUGUCAGUGACCCCUUUUUGUGCCUUCGCCCAUCCGCAUCCCACCUCAUCGUUGCUGCCGGCGACACCGACAACAUGGAGGCGGAGGGUCUGUGUAAGGGAGAUGGCGCUUGCAAUGCGGUGACCCCGGAGCCUCGCCGGCUGCGCACCAUCGGGGCCAGAGACCGCUCGACAAACCCCAGCCCCAGAGGGGAGGAGCCCGGUACCAACGGGGACGAGGAGGAAGAGGAGGAGUACGAGGACUCCGAGGCCGAGCAGUAUCGGGAUGGCCGGAGUGAGGAGGUGGCGUGGGAAAUCAAGCUGCAGUCCUAUACCUGGUGCAAGGAGUUCUUGGCUGGAUCCUGGAAGUUGAUUACGGUGGAGGAGUUCCAGAUCUCUGUGAUCAGUGGAGGCCUCAGUAACCUUUUGUACCUCUGUGCACUGCCGGACCAUGUGCUAAGUGUUGGAGAUGAACCUCGCCAGGUUCUACUGCGUGUUUAUGGAGCCAUCUUGCAGGGUGUGGAUUCUCUGAUAUUGGAAAGUGUGAUGUUUGCUGUUUUGGCAGAGCGUGCCUUGGGACCAAGAUUAUAUGGAGUAUUUCCACAGGGGCGCCUGGAGCAGUACAUUCCAAGCCGUCGGCUGCUGACUGAAGAGUUGGCGUUUCCGGAUUUUUCCGCAGAGAUUGCUGUGAAGAUGUCUCGAUUCCAUGGAAUGGUAAUGCCGUUCAACAAAGAACCAAAGUGGCUGUUUGAAACGAUGGACAGGUAUCUCAAACAGAUAAUGGGCCUGACUUUUGUCAGAGAAGCACAUGUGAAAAAGUUCAACAAGCUGAAGAGCUUCAACCUGCCAGCAGAGCUAGCAAAUUUAAGGGCACUGUUAGAAGCCACUUGGUCACCUGUAGUUUUUUGUCACAAUGAUGUCCAGGAAGGUAACAUUCUGCUUUUGGCAGACAGAGACCCCUCAUCCACGGAGAAACUGAUGCUGAUUGAUUUUGAGUACAGCAGUUAUAACUACAGGGGUUUUGAUAUUGGGAACCAUUUUUGUGAGUGGAUGUACGACUAUACUUAUGAUCAGUGGCCUUUCUUCAAAGCCAGUAUGGAGAAAUACCCUAACCGACAACAACAGCUACACUUUAUCCGACACUACCUGUCUGAAUAUACUGGCAAUAAGGGAGAUUCUAUUCAUGAGGACCAAUCAAAGAUUGAAGAGGAGAUGAUCAUUGAGAUUAACAGGUAUGCCCUGGCAUCUCACUACCUGUGGGCACUCUGGGCCAUUUUACAGGCGAAGAUUUCCACUAUUGAGUUUGGUUAUUUGGAUUAUGCCCUAUACCGACUGGAAGCCUACUUUGAACAGAAAAGAAUAUUCGCUUAACUUGCUGCAGAUGGGAAUCACUCUCAAACCAUGUACUUGAUUUUUAAAUGUUUUUUCUUUUUUAAAAAAUACUAUGCGUUUACAGUCAUUCAGUAUUGCUGCGUGACCACUUCACAUGUAUCUAUGUUUUGACUCUCAGCCACAGACUGACAUAAUUCAAAGUCCAAUCAAGUGUUGAGAUUAAUGAAUAUUGUUUAGACUGCUGGUAGUUUGUUGUGCUAACAAGCUAGGAUGAUCUUUAGUGAAAGGCCUGGGGGCUCUGCUGAUCUAAAUCAGGGUAGAUUGAAUUGAACUUUUCCCUUAGUGCAUGUGAACAGUGAAAAUCGGCCACAGCUUCUGCUUCUGAUCACUAGGUAGUGGCCUGAUGUGUAGGAAAUGCCAGUUAAGAGAAGUGUGGGUUUCUGCAGAGCUCCCUGCUGCCACUUACCCCACUGGCACUUGUCUGCACUAACACGUGAAUAAGGAUGGCUGCUAGUGACUGGGAGGAUAAAGGACAGGCAAAUUUUUGAACUGAAAAGAAAAUCUGGUGUUAACUCUGUUGCAGAAUGUGUUGGCAUUGGUAAAAGCACUGGACAGAGUUCGUUGGACCAUAAGAACACAAGAUGUGGGAGCAGAAGUUGGCCAUUCAGCCCACUGAGUCUGCUCUGGCCUUCAGUUCAAGGGUGGGUUUAUAUUUUGACUCAGGUUGGAGGACUAACUCUUAGUUCAGUGGGUAUAUUUCCAUCUACUGGCCUUUAAUUUGGUCCCAGGAUAUGUGAAUUAGUGGCAAGGCCAGACUCCUUCCUGAUGUAUUGAUGGGGAGAAAAUACCUUUUUCAUCCUUACGGUAAAUUCUUUUCUUCCUGGCCUCCCUUUCCUGAGCUGUCCCAUAUGAUUUGUUGGAACUUUAUUCCCAUUCCAUAUGCCUUGUUGACUGACUUACUUUUGGGGCUUUGUGCUUAUUUUUGGGAGUAUAUUUUAAUGUUCUAAUACCAGUUUAACACUUGUUUUCAAUUAAGGAAUGGUUUCAGCAAUGUUUACCAGUUAAUUUUUAUUUUGGUUUAGAACAAACUUUUAAAGGAAUUAUAUACUAGACAUAUAGCAGGAGUCUAGAGACCUUCCAUUGAGUAAUUCAGUUGGGUCCUUUUAUCGACUUUAUUCUCCUGAUCCUUGGAAAUCUUUCAAAUUCUUGUAUAGCCUUUUGAAGGUUAUUAUUAAGUCUGUCUCUGAUGUAGUAAAUGGCAAAUCCUAACUUUUUAAAAAAGUUUCCUUAUGUCAUAUGACUUUCACAAGUCUCCAUAAAACUGUUCUUUGGAUAUUCACCCUUUAACCAUUGGGAUAUGUUUGUCUUUGUUUCCUGCAAAACAUUUUUCAUCUUAACACCCCCAAUUUGUCUCAAUUACAACUUCUCCAAAGAGAAUUCUCAAUUUCUCCAGUCUAUCCACAUGACUGCCUCAAGAGUGAGAACUUGCAUUGGAGUAAGACAAAUCUCUCUCCAAAGAUUCAUGUCAUUGGAAGUCUGUUAUACAUUUGAAUUGUGAUAUCACGUUCCCAAUUUGAGUGGAGAGUUGGGUAUAAAGCAUCAGUGGGGUAUGAAGGCUGCUCUAAAUUAGACUUAGAAUCAAAUGCAUAACUCAUGGUGUAAUUAUGUUUGUUGGCUGAGAGACUAAGGCACUGAUUUUCACUCCUGGACAGGAUCCAUGGAGCAUCAGAAUCUUUUGACAGUUUCCAGGAAGAAACAAACAGCUAGAUCUGAGUGAAGGGCAUAUCAUUCCAUUCACAAAUAAUCCCUGGAUAAGAAAAAAAUAAAAUGUUUAUCCCUCUGUAUCAGGCUGCUAUUUGUGAAAUAUUUACAAUGAAUCUAUUUAUUCAAGGCCAUGUUUGUGAUCCAUUAACUUUACCUGUCUUGAUCCUCUACUUUAUCUUGUAAAUAAAAUGAAGCAUUUCACUCUUGUGA